AUGUUACCAAAAUUACUUGUUAAAUCUAACUAUUCUGGCCGUGGAUUUCCACGGAAUUAUCAUAUGAUUACACUGGAAGGGGUCUGCCAGAAAGUUGUUCUUGUUGCGGCCGACGUCUUCUGGGCUGGAUAUAGUUUGCUUUUUCGUUUGGGCCGGAAAUGGAAAGCAGUAGCAGGAGAUGGUGGGCGUGAUAAAGGCGCCCUCUCGAAUAGGAAGGACCCCAAGAAAAGAAUGGUGGAGGAAGAUGGUGGGCGGGAUAAAGGCGCCCUCUCGAAUGGGAAGGACACGAAGAGAAGAAUGGCGGAGGAAGAUGGUGGGCGGGAUAAAGGCGCCCUCUCAAAUAGGAAGGACUUCAGAAGAAUGGUGGAGGAAUUGAACAAACUGAAAGAGCAUGUCGAACACGUCGAGGAGAAACAGAGUUACCUGGGAAAUGAGAACAAGAAGCUGCGAAGGCAGCUCGAGGUAUGCCUGGGGCGCCAACGUGAGUUGGAGGAUGGACUAAAGGAGGUGAAUGCAAGACUGGAGAGCCUUGUGGAACAAAGAUCCAAACAGGAUCGUCUCAAGGACUGGCUCAAGAGAGACAACAACAAAGACUUGGAGUCCUCCACCAUCUUCUUCUCGGGAUAUUCACGCAGUAACAUGGAAGGCAUUGUCCAUGUUUGGCAAUGCCUUUCGCAACCAGAGAGGUGGGUACUGAGGCUACUCGCUGAUAUGAAUGUACACCUGGUCAAACUGCGUUCUCCCGAACUGAAGGAGCAGAGGCGUAGAAGGAGGGUAGCUCAGAGGAAAGGAAUCACACAGUUUACUCUCAUGUGGGAAGAUAUCAUAAAUGAGAAUCAGGAGAAGGAGAGAGACACGAAUAAGAACAGACACAACGCCCGGACCUCAACAGGGCUUGAACCACCGAGCACAGACCAGGAAGGAUUGACAUCAUCUAUGGAGGAGAUCCUUCUCGGAAAAAUACUUAAGGUACUGGAAGACGAAGUUUUGAAGGAAAACUUUCAAGAGGACCUCGAUGAAAUCCUCGAGGAGCUGGAAGAAAUCCUCGAGGAAAGACAGGCUAUUAGGAAAGAUAAAAAACGUUGGGACAAACGUGCGUUUAGAAUCCUCAAGCUGGAACGUGAGCAGCGAAAGGCCAAAAGAAGGAUGAGGAAAAAAUUGAAAUCAGAAAAGCGACAAGAGGAGUGGAUGCAACAGAAGAACCCUGAAGAAGACUGGAUCAGCAAUGCAGCGAGGGACUUAAAGCGGAAGAAAAAAGAGAUGAAGGACCGCAGGAAGGCUUACCAGAAGGAACGAGAGCGACAAAUAAAGUCUCGAAUAUUUAAAGCUUGGAAUGACUUGAAAGCUGAAAAGCACGCUGAGAAAGAACGGAGAGAGAAGGAACUCCUCCUUAUUAUAGAAAUUGAGAAGGACCUGAGGAGAAAACACCGAGAAUGGAAAAGAAAGUUCAAGAAAGACUUCCAACUUGAAGAGGAGAAAAAGAAGGCUCAGAGGAAGGAAAAGGGAGCCAUGAAAAGGAGAGAGUUGAGAUCUAGAAUAAUACAAGAAGCCGUGGAAAGAGAAGAAAGAAGGAAAUUAGCCAGGGAGAGGCGACGGCAAGCCUUGCGGGAGAUCUUGAAGAGGGAGAAAGACCCGGCAAGGAAGAGCAAAGAAGUCUCCCAGCCAUCCAUGAUCUCAAAGAAAGGUUCCAACCAAAGCGUAAAGGGUUCACCUUUAAGGGAAUAUGAACACAUUACAGAGUCACAGGAGAAGUCUGAGUUCAAGAGGAGCCAAGGGAACGAGGGAGAAGGAACGCCGCUUAGGCUUGUACAGAAGGGGAACAAAUGGCAGCUAUGGAGGAAGGUGGGAAGACCAGAUGACAAAUUAUAG